AUGGAGCUGCUGAAGAAAUGGCUGGGCCACCCCGAGGACAUCUACAACCUGCUGCGGUUCAAGAUGGGCGGCUACCGCACCGUCAUGCCCAGGGUCGACCCGGACUCGCUGGAAUGUGGGCUCCGCACCUGCUAUCGGUACCUCAACCAGACCAGCCGCAGCUUCGCCGCCGUCAUCCAGGCUCUGGACGGAGAGCUGCGACAUGCCGUCUGUAUAUUCUACCUAGUUCUCCGUGCCCUGGACACUAUAGAGGAUGACAUGACCAUCAGCUUAGAUGUGAAGGUCCCAAUGCUGCACGAGUUUCACUCCUAUCUCUACCAACCAGAGUGGAAGUACAUGGAGAGCAAGGAGAAGGACCGGCAGGUGCUCGAAGACUUCCCAACGAUCUCCAUGGAGUUCAGGAACCUGUCAAAGGUCUACCGGGAUGUGAUCUCAGAUAUUUGCCACAAAAUGGGUGUUGGGAUGGCAGAGUUCUUGGAGAAGAAGGUGGACUCUCAGCGUGAGUGGGAUAGGUAUUGUCACUACGUUGCUGGGCUGGUGGGGAUUGGCCUUUCCCGUCUCUUCUCUGCAUCAGAGCUAGAAGAUGCUAUUGUUGGACAGGACACAGAGCUAGCGAACUCCAUGGGCCUCUUCCUGCAGAAAACCAACAUCAUCCGGGACUAUCUGGAAGACCAGAUGGAGGGGAGGGAGUUCUGGCCCAGAGAGGUUUGGAGCAGAUACGCAAAGAAGCUCUCGGACCUUGCCAAACCAGAGAACAUCGAUAUGGCUGUCCAGUGUCUGAAUGAGCUCAUCACCAACGCCCUCCACCACGUCCCUGAUGUCCUCACGUACUUAUCCCGCCUGAAAAACCAAUCUGUCUUCAACUUCUGUGCUAUCCCCCAGGUGAUGGCUAUUGCCACAUUGGCUGCCUGCUAUAACAACAAGCAAGUGUUCAGGGGUGUAGUGAAGAUACGAAAGGGGCAAGCCGUCAGUCUCAUGAUGGAUGCCACAAACAUACAAGCUGUCAAAGCCAUCAUGUACCAGUAUGUGGAAGAGAUCUACCAGAAGAUCCCAAGCACAGACCCAUCAUCCAACAAGACGCAGCAGAUCAUCACCUCCAUCCGUGCCAUGAGCUUGCCCAGCAGCCCCAUGGCCUCACGCAACCACUAUUCUCCCAUCUACCUGUCGUGUGCCAUGCUCCUGGCCGCGCUGAGCUGGCAGUACCUCAGCACCAUCUCCAAGGCCACCGAGGACUAUGUCCAGGCAGGAGAGAACUGAUGGGCAGAGGCGGGCGGGGGGAAGAGAUGGUCGGACAUGGGCAGCGGAGGUGGGAGGCUCCUCAUCCCUGCUGGUGGGGAUGGCCGGGCAUCGGGGUGCCAUGGGGCCUGGAUGGUGAUAAGGACAGGACAUUGGUGAGCUGUGGCCCCGGGGCAGUGGUGCAGCAUGGCCAGGCUCCGCUCCUCACUGCCCUUGCCGUCUGCUUGGAUGGUUACAAGCACUAAUUGGAGUCCUGCUGUUUGGGGUUGAAGAUUUUUUUUUUCCCUUCUUUGCUGUUGGAUGGUUUUCCUGGAUCCUUUUCUUUUUGGUUAGGAUGGUUUAAAAUACAAACUCCAGUUGCCUCUUCCCUUUCGCUUGAGAUGUGAGACACCCUUUCCAGCUCAGAGGUGAGGAAAACCACUUGCAUUUUGCCACCCUUUCUUUAAGCAGCCUCUUCCCUGUGACCCCUGGUGCCUGCUCCACACUGGAAGGAUGCUGCUUCGGCCAGGAGAGCAACAUGCUUCCUCACCCAGGGAAAAAGCUAUGGCCACCUUCUGGCCCUCAGCCCAGGCUGGUUUACACCCUGCAGCCUGGAAACAGAGGCAAUCUUUACAUUUCUGUUCUUGUGCUGAAGGAGGCUGCUCGACUUGAAACAAGCCCUUUUAAUGUUAAAUACAGAGGAGGGAUGCUCUGUCCACUUUAAUGGGCUCCCAGCUGAAAGCCACAUGUUGCAGCUUCCCUGCCCUCUAGCAGAUGGUACCCUGCACUUGCAAAGCUUCGUGUCUGAGCAUGGGGAGGUGGUUAAAAUGAGAAGGGAGCUGCCUGCAUAGUCCUGAGCUAAUAACCCCAUGCCUGGCUCUACUGCAGGCUCUGGGCUCUGCAGCAUGCUUCAGCCAAAGGGAUGUGAGCAACAUCAUCCCAGCAGUGCUGGGUGCCUGUGCAAGGCAGGAGGGUGAGGGUUUGCACUGUCCUGUCCCUCAUGGGAUGUGUUUUGAGGGCCUUGGUACACUGGCUAGCCUGAAAGGCAGCAGCAGUCCCUGCUAUGGGCUCGGAAGGCUUGAGCCACUGAGACGCCAGGGUGGGUUUACCUGGCCUGCUUGGCUCUGGCUUGGGAUGAUGCUUUGGGUUAGACUGAUGUACAAGCAGUGUUCUGAAACACAUCAGGACAGACUUCCUUUGAGAGGAAACAGCACUUUAAGAGCAAGUGUUUUCCUGGGGUGGAUUUUUAUUAUCAGGGUCCCUACCCAACCCCUGUAAAUGCUGCUUUGCCUUUGUGAAGGGAAGGACAGCCCCUGUCCUGGUGCAGGACAGAGCUCUUUACACAGAGCAGUUUGGUGCCUGUGUAAGGCCAAGCCCCUGUGGCCAGACUGUUACUCAGAAGGAAAACCCCUACUCCACAAAUACUGAUGUAGAUAGUUUUAAGCUGUUGUUGAAAAGAAACUUGUGGUAGCUCUCUUUUGUGCAGCUUCCCAUCUUGUUGGAAUUAAAGUUUACUUUGGGAAAAAA